AUGCGGGAUAAUAUGCAAGAAGAGAUCGAAAUGAAGAGCGAGAGUGCUGUGCGAACAGGACCAGUAGGCAGUGAAAAUAACGCCUAUGAGGGCGCUACAUUUCGCCAAAAACAACAACUGGAGAGAUAUCUGAAUUUUUUCUCUUCAAUUGCAUUUUCUGCUACUCUGCUUGCCACGUGGGAAUCUGCCGGUGGUAGUUUGCUCGCGGGUCUUUACAACGGUGGCCCUGCCGUGAUUGUAUAUGGCAUUAUCCUGAGCACUAUUGGGAACAUGGCUAUCGCGUGUUCCUUGGCGGAGCUUGCUUCUAUACACCCAACUGCAGGUGCUCAAUAUCACUGGAGUUAUUUCCUCGCAUCUCGUGGUCGCCGUUUCAUCAGCUUCUUCCAAGGUUGGGUUACUGUAUUUUCUUGGUCCGCUCUGGUCUGUAUCGCGCCAUACUUCAUCGGAACUGAAAUCCAAGGCAUGAUUGUGCUGGCACAUCCUGAGUAUGAACUUCAAAGGUGGCGCGGUACUUUGCUCAUGUGGGCAGUCGCAAUCAUUCCUAUUAUCAUCAAUAUAUUCGCUCGUCGCGUUAUGGGAGGCAUCGAGGUGGCCGCGGGUAUCAUGCACGUCGUCUUCCUACCAGUCACUAUUGCUGUCUUCGUUAUCCUCGCGCCUCGAAACCCCGACUCGUUUGUCUGGAAUACAUUCGUCGAGGGUUUGAGUGGCUGGAAGGAUUCCGGAGUUGUAUACUCUAUCGGUCUCCUUGGUGUCAUCACACCUCUGUCCGGUGUCGACGGCGUGAUCCACAUGGCUGAAGAAGUCAAAAACGCCAAAGUCGUGGUUCCCCGCUCCAUGAUAUACGGUACCUUAAUCAACGGAACCCUCGCAUUCUGCUACCUAAUCGCUACCCUCUACUGCAUGGGCGACUACACCGAGGCCCUUACCAGUGCAACAGGCUACCCAAUAAUCACAAUCGCGUAUCAGGCUACCGGGUCCAAGGCAGCCACUUUCGUUCUUAUGGGAAUGGGUAUGAUGCCCGGCUGGAUCGCCCUCUUCAACGGCCUUGCUUCCGUCACGCGUCUCACCUGGGCUUUCGCUCGAGACAAUGGACUUCCCUUCUCCGACUUCUUUGCCGUUGUUGACCCAACCUAUAAGAUCCCCCUUCGAGCUUUGUUCCUGGUUGCAUCAUGCAUAUUCGCUCUAUCGUUCAUUCAGAUCGGAUCUACUGCUGCAUUCAACGCUAUUCUCUCGCUCAGCACCCUCGGCCUUUAUAUUUCAUACCUUAUCCCUCUCAGCCUCCUUGUCUGGAAGCGUCUGACGGCACCACAGGAUAUCCCGCAGGGAACAUUUAGCCUGGGAAAACUCGGUCUCCCCGUUAAUCUUGUUGCCAUCCUCUUCGCUACUUACUUCUCUAUCUUCCUGCCCUUCCCGGCGACGCUGCCAGUUACAGCGGAGAAUAUGAAUUACGCCGGGCCCGUGCUUGGUUUUGUGAUGUUAUUCGCCUGUAUUGAUUGGGUUGUUCGCGGACGGCAUAAGUGGGAAGGUCCAACAACCAAAUCCUAUGCACACAGCGAGUGA